AUGUACCCCGGGUACGGUACUGUGUACUCCUGUUACAGUAAUGUGUACUCCGGCUAUGGUAAUGUGUACUCGGGUUACGGUACUGUGUACUCGGGUUACGGUACUGUGUACCUGGGUUACGGUAAUGUGUAUUCCGGUUACGGUACUGUGUACUCCGGCUACGGUACUGUGUACUCCGGCUACGGUACUGUGUACUCCGGUUACGGUUAUGUGUACUCCGGUUACGGUACUGUGUACUCCGGCUACGGUACUGUGUACUCGGGUUACGGUACUGUGUACUCCGGUUACGGUAAUGUGUAUUCCGGUUACGGUACUGUGUACCUGGGUUACGGUACUGUGUACUCCGGUUACGGUAAUGUGUAUUCCGGUUACGGUACUGUGUACCUGGGUUACGGUACUGUGUACUCCGGUUACGGUUAUGUGUACUCCGGUUACAGUACUGUGUACUCCGGUUCCGGUUAUGUGUACUCCGGUUCCGGUUAUGUGUACUCGGGUUACGGUACUGUGUACUCGGGUUACGGUACUGUGUACUUGGGUUACGGUACUGUGUACUCCGGUUACGGUACUGUGUACUUGGGUUACGGUACUGUGUACUCCGGUUACGGUAAUGUGUAUUCCGGUUACGGUACUGUGUACCUGGGUUACGGUACUGUGUACUCCGGUUCCGGUUAUGUGUACUCCGGUUACAGUACUGUGUACUCCGGUUCCGGUUAUGUGUACUCCGGUUACGGUACUGUGUACUCCGGUUACGGUUAUGUGUACUCGGGUUACGGUACUGUGUACUCCGGUUACGGUACUGUGUACUCCGGUUAUGGUUAUGUGUACUCGGGUUACGGUACUGUGUACUCCGGUUAUGGUUAUGUGUACUCGGGUUACGGUACUGUCGAGUGCAUGCAGGACAGUGGCCGCUCCCUGCUAGCGGACCUGUUAGAACAGUCUCGAUUCUCGGCUCGGUAA